AUGGUCAAAGAUAUCGAGGUCAUCAGCAACUACGAUCGCUUGCGCCUUCGAGAGUGGAUGGAGGUCGAUCCACCAAAUCCCGCAACCACCAUUCAUGGUCUCGUAAAUCGGCAGUACCAGAAACGACCAACGCAUAUUGCCAUAUCUAGCACUUCAGGAGAUGUUGCAUACGAGGAACUGGGAAGGCGAUCUGCCGCGAUGGCGCAAAAACUCCUAGAAUACGGAGUGGGACCGGGGGAUAUUGUCGGGUUCUGCGUGGAGAAGUCUGCCUUAUCUCUCAUAGUGCUUCUAGCCAUUUUGCGAGCGGGCGCAGGUUAUGUUCCCAUCGCAACUUCCAUUCCCGUGGAUCGCAUGGAAUACAUCACACGAAAGGCUGGAAUUCAAGUGUUGGUGACGGAGAGCGCCAUCCUCGAGAGACUGAAAGGUCACGAUAGCUUUCACAAAUUUCGAAUUAUAACGCCCUCAUCUCUGGACAAAUUGGAGGUCUUUCCCAAUGAAUGGGCUCAAGAGCUUGAUGCGGACCCUUCCCAAGUGGCUUAUAUAAUGUUCACAUCCGGCAGCACAGGGCAGCCAAAGGGGGUUGUACAUCAGCACGGUGCAGUGUCUGGGUCAUUGGAGGCCGUCACCCAGAAAUUUGGACUGGACUCCUCAACAAGAUUCUUGCAGUUCGCCUCAUUCUCGUUUGAUGCUAGCAUAUGUGAGCUAUUCGCACCAUGGGUCGCCGGAGGCACUGUUUGCAUACCCUCCGAGGAGGAGCGCAUUGAGGACCUUGCGGGGAUCAUGCAUAAACUCAAGGUGACCGAUGCAUCUUUGACUCCUGCCAUUGUGGCAUCCUUAAGACCGGAAGCCCUACCGACCUUGAGGCAUUUGUACAUUGGGGGCGAAGCACCCACCGCAACGAUCUUGAGCACCUGGGCUGAUCAAGUCAGACUGAGCAAUAUCUACGGACUCACUGAAGGUGGAGUCUGGGAUACAGUCGAGUUGAGCUUAGGGCCUAAUGACAAUCCAAAAGCAAUCGGGCACGGUAUUGGUGCAAAAUGUUGGAUUGUCGAUCCAGACAAUAUUCACCGAUUGCAACCGAUUGGAGUGGAAGGUGAAGUGCUGCUUCAGAGUCCCUACCUCGCGACUAGAUUCCUGGAUGAUACAGCGCAGAAGAACGACGCUUUCAUCUCUCUACCGGAAUCACUUUCGACCCUCACCAAGCCAUUUCGGGCGCAUUGCUACCGUACUGGAGAUCUAGCCCGGUGGCAGCCUGACGGGAGAAUGAUCUUCACUGGUCGUCGAGCUGGGUUCGUCAAGAUUUGCGGGAUGCGUGUCGAGCUUGGUGAGAUCGAAAGGGCCAUUCAUGACUGCCUUCACGGCGAUGAACAGGCUGCAGUAAUUCUGGCCAGGGGCGAAAAAGACGAUACUAGCCCGGAGCUAGUUGCUUUUGUGGAACAAAAAGAUGGCCAAUUUUCAUCAUUAGCAGACCAGAUGAGCGCAGACUUACGGAAUCUCUUGCCAUCAUACAUGAUUCCCAGCGCCUUCGUGCCUGUUCAAUCUAUGCCGCUGACUGAGUCCAAGAAGAUUCACCGGCAACAGUUGAUUGCAGAUUGGGCGAGCAUGACACUAUCCGAGACCAUGGCGCUUCGGCCUGGAGGUACUCUCAGUCAUACCUGGCCCCGAAUCGAUGCUGCUAACUCGCAUGCCAUUGAACUAAGCAACAUUAUUGCAGACCUCAUUGAAACCAGACAGCCAUCGGCUGGGCAAAGCCUACGCGGUUGGGACUUUCCUUUGACCAGUGUGGGUUUGGAUUCCAUCCAAACUGCAUAUCUUUCUAGAGAAAUUCGCCGCCGCUUGGGAGGAGCUAUUCAGAUUCGGGACCUGCAGCAGCCUGGGAUCACAGUGUGUCAAAUUGAUCAGCUAUUUUUCGGACGGGCGGGUGGCGGAUCGGAUGGCCCACGAGACCUCCUCGGUGAAUUGAAUUUGAUCAAUGUUCCUGUACCGAUCCUCGCUCAAAAGACGAAGACGAUCUUUGCAACAUCGGUGACUGGAUUUCUAGGCAGCCAGGUGCUCCGGGAACUGUUGGAGAACCCAAGUGUGGGACACAUUGUGGGCUUAGUGCGGUCUGGUAGUGAACAGCAAGCCCGAGAAAAGAUACGAGCUCAUGCUCAACUUGGUCAGUGGUGGCGUGCUGAAUUUGACUCUCAAAUUGAAGUAUGGCUUGGGGAUUUGAGUCUUCCAAGGCUGGGGCUUGACGAUGCGCAUUGGACGGACCUGACGGGGCACAUGCGCAUUGAUGGAAUCAUCCACAACGGUGCCCGAGUCAACUGGCUGGAUGAUUUCUCGACGCUGAAGCCCACAAAUGUUGACAGCACCCGCAUUAUCCUGGAGGCCCUGUCCAAUAUGCCAACACCGUGUCCAUUCACAUACGUGUGCGGGGGGUAUCUACCAUCGCCAACAGAACCUCGAGAACAAGUUUUAAAUAAUCUCGCUCAUGCAUGUGGGUAUGAUCAAACCAAGUUUCUGUCACGGAUGCUGGUGGAGAAAUACAAUCGCCAGCUCGACCAACGGCCGAAUCCGUCAGUGCCGCGGGGACGAGUGGUACAUCCAGGAUAUCUGGUAGGCACGAGAUGGGAAGGAAUUGCCCAUUCCGAAGACUUCCUGUGGCGUCUGGCUUACAGUUUUCUGUCUCUCGGAACUGUGAGCGGUGAUCUGCGGAAAUUACAUAUCCCAGUGGCAGGGGUUGAACAAAUGACUUCCCUCUUGGUCGAAAGUGUUCUGAAUCCGCAGGGCGAACAAGCAGUGGAUUGUCACGAUGGGGUGUCAAUUGAGACUUUGUGCAGGAUUCUCAGCAGCCAUAGUGGUCGACUGAUCAGGACCGUGGAUCACAGCGAGUGGAUGAUGGCAUUAAGGGCUGACGUCGAGAAUAAUGCCUUGGACCACCCUUUCUUACCUGUGUUGGAUUGGUUUGAAGCAAAUAUGGGGCAGUUCACGGGCCCUCCUCCAGUAGAGUGGCCCGUUGCAUUCAAUCAAAGAGAUACUAUCGAAGCGCUGGAUAAGAGCACACGGUACUUGGUCGAUAUCGGCUUCCUUCCGAGCGAAGAUGGCAGUUGUCGGCCCGUUGGCCAGCGCAACAUCCCUCGGUUUCAACGAUCCAGCAAGUAG